GCUUGUGAUAAUUCUUUACCUGCAAUUUGAUUUUAAAGAAAUUUAUUCGCUUAAGGAGAGUUUCUCUUUUUUUCGUUUUUAAAAAUAAAAUAUUUUUAGUGAUUUCAGGUUUCUGAGUGAAUCGCACGAAUAAUUAGUUCACAGCAAACUCAAUUGUGAAAUUUUAUACGUAACCGCCAACUGUAAUAUAUAAAUAUUUUAAAAGGAAAGAUGGCGGAUGAAACUGAUGAUUUAGAAUAUUCAGACACAAAUGUUGGAUCAGCUCAAACACAGGGAGUGCGUAAAAAUAUUUCAUUGAAACUGAAAGGUAAAGGACGGGGAAGAGGUCGUCGAGGAGGAAAAGCAAAGCGAACUUCAACAAAAAAAGCUAAUGAUGACAAUGAAGAAAACACUGAUCCUCCCGGCGAGAAGACGUCUCCUGAUAAAACAUUUACAGAUACAAACCUUGAUGAAGUUAUUUCUAAGCUUGAUAAAACCCCAGCCUUCAGUCCCAUGGAUCGUUCAUUUCCUGAACCUUUGCACCAAAACCAAAAAUUAAGAUGGGAUCACAAAGUAAAUCUGAUUGGGGAAAAAGUAAUAGACCCCCUAAUUCAUUGCUGUGAAAAAUGUUCAUUGCCUAUUCUAAAUUAUGGCCGGAUGAUUCCUUGCAAACAUGUUUUAUGCUUUGAUUGUGCUAAAAAACUGGAAAAGGUUUGUCCAAAGUGUGAUAUGAAUGUUCAAAGAAUUGAACAGAGUAUUUUAGGUACUGUUUUCAUGUGUACAUAUGGAGGUUCUCGGCAUGUACCUGGUGCUUGUGGGAGAACUUACCUCAGUCAAAGAGAUCUGCAAGCUCAUGUUAAUCAUCGACAUUUAAAAACAACUUCAUCCUCCUCCACUACACAUCCUCCGCCUGUUUCUACUGUUGGCGCUAGUCAUGUUCCUUUGACUAGGGAUCCACGUGAUCCAAGAGCUCAUUUACAAGUUGAUGUUUCACACCAGUCAGUUAUUGUUGGUGGUCACAUUCAACAUCCUCAAGAACACAGGGAUCCUGUGGACCACACAAGAAAUACUAAUAUUCCUUUGGGAAGCCCAGUUGGACAGUCUCGUCAAUACCCUCAUUCUCCUGCUAAUUAUGCCAGUACUAUACCUGUCAGUAGUGCAAGACCUAAUUUGAUAACGGUUCCCAUUCAAGAUGAUGGAGCAAAUCAUGUGCCGCCUGUAGCUUCACACCUUCAUCCGCAACCACAUGCACCCCAAUAUUCUGCUGGUGUCACACCGACUCAUCCUUUACCUCCACUACAACACCCGCCAGCAACUUAUCCACCACAUGCUUAUCAGCAUCCUCAUCCAGGUACUGCUCCUACGUAUUCCCAAGCACCACCCAUUACUACCCAGGCUUUUAGCCAACCUCCUCCCCCAGUUCAUCACCAACCUCCAAUUAACCAUCCACAUGCUCCACCAGGUGGUCCAAUAUACUCAACACCUCCUCCUGUUGUGCAUCAUCCACCUCCUGCUACUUAUACUCCUCCUCGUGGUCCUACUCAUGUACCUCAUCCCGUGCCUCCUCCCCAGCGUUUUCCACCAUCAUCUGGUGGAUAUGAAGAAACUCCUUCAUAUAUGCAGCAGUGGCCUCCAAGUGGUGUACCUCCACCACCAACCCGAACUGCUCUUCCUCCGAGACCUAUAGCUGCACCUCCUCCAGCUCAAAAUCCUAGUGUUGGACACAUGCCUCCUAGAGGACCUUCAGAACCGCCUUAUAGGCCAUCUUAUUAUCAGUGAAUGAGAUGCGUUUUUGAAACAGUAUGUAAUAUUAACUGUUAGUUAUAAAUUGUUGAAACUUAUAAGUUUUAUAUAUUUCUCUCAUCUAUAAAUUGUCUAAGUGAGCUAACCAUUUUAUAUUAUUACACCUGCAAGCCUGCAGUUUCUUGUAAAUUUGUACAUUAAAAAAGUAUUUGAAAAUA